CGUGGGUGAUCUCCAUCUGAUUCGAGACGACGAUGGCACUGCCGUGAUUGUUUUUGUUUUUGUUUUCGUUGAUGGUGGCCUCCUCCGGCGCCGGAUACGCCCGCAGCGUCUGCAUCUUCAUAUCGCCCAUCAUGCGCUCCUUGCUCUCGGUCAACGUGAGUCCCAUCGUGAUCGGGUCGCUGGGUUUCCCGCGACUGCGACUGGCAGAGGGGCCCCCGCCACCCCCGAUCGUCUGGAACCCGGACGGGGUUGAAGCUCUUCUGCGAGCUCUGGAAGACACAGCCAGAGGCCCGGGCCAGCCCGGUGCGGAUCAGAUGGAAGACCAUGGGCAGGUUGGUCGUGAUGACGGCGGCAAAGCGACCACCGGCAUCGAGAUGGCGGGCUGGCAGACGUUCACCAUGGCCUCAUCUCCGACCAGUUUGUCGCGAUGAACAUCGUACUGGCCAACGGCACGCUGACCACGAUCGACGAAAGCUCCGACCUCUGGUGGCUACUUUGCUUAGUUGUCUGGUUGUCUGGUUGUCUGGUUGUCUGCCUGGUAUUGCACAGGGGUGCGAUCGCAGUUGGUUGAACACUCUACAAGAUAGCUACAGCAGCACAU